CCUGUGCCUGUGUAAUUGAAGUGUAUUACAUCAGAGAACAAAAGGGUUAGAUUUUAUCGCCACCCGGUAUAGCAGUUAUCUGACAUGUUGUGUGCAACAAUAAUAAUAACAACAAUGUUAUUAAAUAAAGAACAACACACCGCCAAUAUUUAUACCAUAGAUUUUGGCAGUGACAGUGUAGCUCUAACUCUGUGCGUUUGGUGACAUCGGUGUGUUUAGUUUUGUGAAAAUCAUGGGAAAAUUUUUUAACUAUACAUUAUUGGUAACAUGUACUGUUGGUCUUCUAGCAGCUUCCAUAGAUAUGCCUCUAUCAUGGACGUCGCCAAACUACGUAAAACUGUACUCCAACGAUUCUUCCAUAAACCCACUGCCAAAACCGAUAACAGAAAGUGAAGAUGCUUGGAUCGGCUCAUUGUUGACUAUAGGAGCCGUGAUAGGUCCUAUACCAGCACCUUUCAUUUGCUCCAAGUUUGGAAGAAAGAAAGCUCUACUGGUGACUGCGAUACCUCUUAUUGUAUCGUUUUUUACUCAAGCUUUUGCGACUAGUGUUUACACGUUAUAUGCUACAAGAGUAGCUUGCGGUAUAUCACUUGGAGCUGGUUACGCCCUUUUGCCAAUUUACAUAGGAGAAAUAUCAGAAGACUACAAUAGAGGAAUGUUAUCCCAGGCCAUCAAUGUCUUCUGGUCCUUCGGAAACUUUUUAGUGUACGCAGCUGGACCCUUCAUGUCCUACAAGGCCUUUAAUCUAAUGAUAGCCAUGUUUCCAACAAUAUUCUUCGUUCUCUUCAUACUCGUAGCUCCAGACUCGCCAUAUUAUCUGGUCGGCGAGAACAACAUGGAGAAAGCUACACAGGCUUUAAUGCUGUUAAGAUCUAAGACGCACGAAGAAGUCCAAGAGGAGAUAGGUGUAAUCAGUAAUCAAUUAAAGCAGCAAGAAAUCAACAGAGGUAUUACGGAUCUAUUUGCUACUGAUUUCGUAAGAAGAGCAUUUAUAAUUUGUUUAUUGCUGGUGUUUACUCAAGAACUUUGUGGAUUUUCCGCUCUAUUCUUCUACAUGCAACUGAUAUUCCAAGCUUCUGGUUCCAAGUUAUCAGACGAAAUAUCAUCACUGGUAAUAUCUAUCUUUAUCCUAACAACCAGUUUCAUAUCCCCUUUCUUGGUGGACAGAUUUGGCCGAAGGACGUUACUGAUAGUUUCAUGUUUCGGCAUGUGUCUCUCCUUAAUAUCUCUAGGAACAUUCUUUUUCCUAUUAGAAGAAACAACCAUAAGCACAAAGCCUAUUUACUGGUUACCUCUCGCGAGUUUAAUCUUCUUUAUCUUCUUCUUUAACUUUGGUAUGUCAGUACCGUGGACUAUCACCAGCGAAAUGCUUCCUAGUUACGUUAAAGAAACAGCUACCACGAUCAUCACCAGCUUAAGUUGGUUGUUGGGUUUCUUUCUCACCAAAUUCUUUAAUAACGUAACAGACGCAGUGGGCAAAGGAAAAACUUUUUGGUUGUUUGCUGCUUAUUGCUUACUAGCUGCUAUCAUGAUUAUUCUUUUUGUACCAGAAACGAAAGGUAGAAGCUUUAGCGAAAUUCAAGAUAUACUUAAAAAUGGAGGGUUGUUGCAAUUUAGUUCUAAGCGGAGAUAUGUUCCUGAAAAAACUAAGGGCCCAGAAAAAUAUUAAGAAAAAUCAUGGGGUUCACACGAGUAAUUCCGUAUCAAACACUAGGAUAUUUUUUGAAGCCGUCCUUUUUGUGAUUGGUUUAAAAUUCGUAGCUAUCCUCGUACAUGACAAAAGAAAAAAUAUUUACGUACGUACUUUUUCGUUGAAAAGAAGUGUUAUAGUAGAAUUUAUUAUACAUAGUUCAUUUAGUUGAAUUCAAAACUGCACUGACAAAUACAUAUUUUAUUUAGAUCUCUGAAUUCUUUUGUGAUAUUUUAACAAUAUAUUAUUAUUUUAAACCUAUUAGUUUUAGUUCUUUAUUUAAACUAGUUUAAAUAAAUUUAAUAUACCUAUAUUAUCUUCAUCAAGCUAUAAUAAUAAUAUUGUAUGGCAUUUUUGCCGGAGAGAUCCUUUCGGAUUAUUCCGGCGCCAAUUGCAUCUUUAACCCUCUUUCAAGUAACUAGUGUCGAUGUACACUAGCUCUACCAGGCGGACCGACGGCUUCUGAAGCACGGUGAACGGCUCGUAUAGAACUAAAAAUGUCGUUGUUGGUGCCGAGAUUCGAACUCAUGCGCUCUGGCUUAUGAAGCCAGUACCUGACCGCCGAGCUACGUCCGUCCGCUUCAUGAAACUGAGUGCCUCAUCAAAAACACCGAAUGUACGUCAAAUACAAUAAAAAUUUUGAGCUUUUUGACCACGAAGAUGUCAAAAUAUAUUACCUCAAUGACAAAUUUGACAUUUUACAGCGAUGUUGCCAUAUUUUAAAGCUUUCAAUGUCAUUUUACGUCAUUACACGUUUAUUUGAAGAUAACGACAGCAUAAUUAUUGUGCAAUAUUAUAAAUAAAAUGCCUAAAUGUUAUAAACAUCGAGUGCAAUCUGAGAUCUAAAUAAAAAUGUGUAAUAUUUUGCCCCUUAUUAUAUAAUUAUUUAUUUUCGCUAUUAAUAUUCUCAGUAGACUUAUUCAAACCUAAGUUUUUAACACAAUAUUUUAUUUGUUUCAAAUAUUGUACGAAGAAAUGAGUCAAAGAUGUUUAUUUUUUUAUGUAUAGUGAUGUUUUUGAAAAAAGUUGUUAGCAAUUACAUAGAUAGUAGGAAUUUGCGUGUAUGUGAAAAUAAGCUUAAUGUAGAUCCUUUUAUUACUUUCUCCGUCCAGAAAUAAGUACUUAUCCGAUAUAUGUUGUUUAUGAUCAUUACAUUGUGAUUAACUUUGGUCAAAAGCAAUUUUUCUCUAAUCUAUGAGUAGAUUUUAACAAUUUAUUCGCACAAAUAUUAACGUGUGUCCCCAGAGCGCUUGUCACUUGUCACUUAAACACGUUAAAUAAUUUACUGAGUCGUCUAACUUGUAUAUUAACAAUAAUACAUAUGUUAAUAUAUACGUCUAUGGUCUAACCAUAUCUGCUUUAUCCAGGAACUUUGUCAGCAUUGAUGUGCUAAAAAAGUCGGUGUUCAUGAUUCUUAGCAUAACUUUUCGAUUGGCUAUAUCAUUGGAAUUGAUAUCCAAUCCAUUUCAUUGGAAUUAUCAUAUUGGCACUAUCAAUUUUUAACGAGUUAUGGAGGAUACUGUAUUGAAAGUACCAAGGAGCCUACCUAAAAAUGUUUCUUAGUUUUUAUUUUGUAAUAGCUAAAUUACUUUUAGGUACCGCUGCGCUUUUUCAAAUGAUUUACGUCAAAUGUCACUUAAAUGUUACUUGCCACGUCAAAUGUCAUGUUUCACGUCCAGUAAAAUGGCUACUUUCACGUCAAAUGUGGCGUAAAACUUAAAAAUUGACGUGGAACGUGACGUUUGACAUAAAAAGCAGCAUUUAAACCGAGAUUUUACCAGAUAUAUGUAAAGAAAAUAGAUCAGGCUAGUCAUAUGCCACUCAAUGCAUCGGGGUGUAACGCCGAUAUCAAGUACGGUGGUCUAGCUAUCUUUGUCUGUCGUGCGAGUGUGAGCGUAUCUACCAAGAGGUGGGAAUAACGGAACGACAGUGACACACAGGCGGCGGCCAUCAUAUGCUAGAGAGAGAAAGCUAAGCGCCGGUAGAGAGAGAUAAAUAGACCACCGACCCGAACUGUUCCGCGUUACGCUAUUUUUCGAACUGGCCUAAUCUAUUCUGUUAUAUCUAUGGAUUUUACAUGGCGUGAAACUAUAAUCAAAUACUAUUGACUGUAAUACAUUCAACUCCCACAGAAAUCUGGAAGCACGUUGCCACUAGCGCCACUGUCGGCUUGAAGUGAAACUAUGUUUUGAAAAUGUAAAAUUUGACGUAAACAUUCAAAUUUAAUUUUAUAAAGUUUUUAAUAACGAGCUAAUUUUGCUAAAUUAAAUUAAAAUAACAAUAGUUCAAACACUUAUACAAAAACAAAAAUAAAGCAAAAGAUAAAGGCAGUUUUUGUUUAUAUUCGAUUCAGAGUUGGACCACCAUCUCCAUAUAGCUAUUUCAACGUCCUCAUGCCUCCUCAGUGAAGCUAUGCAGUCACAACUCUGAAAGGAACAUAAACAAUCUGCCUAUUUAAGGGAAACCAUCGCGAUACAAUGAUUCAACCUUUUGAGACGCAAUCUAGCAACAUCUCUCGUAUUACGAGGAAAACAACGAAAAGCCCUAGAUACAAAGUUUACUACUUUUUAAACAAUCAAAAUAAUUGAAAUAAAAAUAUAAUAAACAAUAUUUUAAAUCUAAGACUUUUCGUUAAUAAACUGCUUUCUGGCUGCAUCCCGUAUCUCCGGAUUUUACAAUAUAUAAUCACAGAUACGACGAAAAUAGGAGAAAGCAAAUAGAGGACACUUAGGCCACGCAUUUACCUUCUCUUCGUCUAGGAAAAGGACCGAAAGACAGUUUCUAAAUACUCAAAAAUGAGUAACAAUGGAAAAGAUAAAGGCAGUUUUUGUUUAUAUUCGAUUCAGAGUUGGACCACCAUCUCCAUAUAGCUAGUUCAGCAUCCUCAUGCCUCCUCAGUGAAGCUAUGCAGUCACAACUCUGAAAGGAACAUAAACAAUCUGCCGGUUAAGGGAAACCAUCGCGAUACAAUGAUUCCACCUUUUGAGACGCAAUCUAGCGACAUCUCUCAAAAAUAAAGCAAUUUUAUAAAUGUAAGGUUAGAUUGCUCUGGUUAUCACCGCACACCACUAGAUGGCGCUAUAUUAUUUGCUUCCUCAAAUGUAAUGGGAAAUGUCAAGAGUUGUAUGCAUUACAGUCAAUAGUAUUUGCUAUAAUUAGAUGUGUCCUUUGACGUGUCACACGCUUCUGUUAAAAUUUUACAUAUACAAAGUGUUUUAAAAAUUGUAGUUAAUUUUUAACAGCGAUAAAAAUUGUCUUUAUUUUUCACAACCAAACUUAUUUCUGGGCUGACGAUGAAUACCUAGAAAAUUUAUAUAAUUACGAAAUAUAUUUAUAUUUUUCGAUAAAUUUAAAAGACUACCAUCUAUUUUUGGACCAAAGACAUAAACCAAAAUGUUAGGAAAAUAUUUAAUAAAGUUUAAGUUAACUGACGAAUCAGUUAUCGUUGUUAGCCAUAUUGGCUAUAGGCAUAGCAUCAACUUAAAAUUAACUUUUAGACUAACAUUUCCAUAUUUAUUAUUGACACAAAAAACAAAAUAGCAAUCUAAAAGAAAAUAUACGUAUUGUUUUAAAAAGCAAGUUGAUGAAGAACACUACACACAUCUUCUAUAGAAAAUAGAAUGUCACUUAAAGCAGCUUUACAUCAAGGCUAUGCAAGUCUCAUGCUAUGCAAGUCCGUAUUGCAUGGAAUAUAUCUUGCCUAGCCUGCCCUUUUUACAUCAGAGCUAUUUCUGUGCAAUUUUUGAUACCACCUUCAUUGUUGCCAACAAAAGAAAUACAUAUACCAAAACAUUAACUUUAGAUAUUUCACUGGGAAAUUUCACUCCAACAUUAAAUAUAUUCAAGUAUAAAUCUCAAAAUAUUAUUACUUCCAAUAAAUAACAUUUAAAUUUACACAAUAAGGUUAAGUUUUACUCUAAACUGUAAAUGUUGUUAUAUUGGCAACAUGAAAUUUGACAACUUGCAUCAAAAUAGCAUGAAAAAUAGAACAUGUUUUAAUGGACCGUGAUAGUCGUGACGUCAAAACGUCAAAAAUAGUUUUCCAAACACGUUGUGUCUAGGUACACGCUAAAAUGUACGUAAAUAAAAAAGUUAAACUUCAUCAAGCUAGUGACUAUUUAGCGUGGGCAGUGACUGUAUAUUUUGAUACACGCUAUUUUGAUAUGUUUAGUGUUUGUUUGAUAGAAAAAUAUUUGUUAUGACGUUUAAUUCUACCUAACUUUUUUAUUUGCGUACACGUUAGCGUAUACCUAGACACAACGUGUUUGGAAAAAAUUUGACGUUUUGACGUCACACUAUCCCGGUCUAUUUUUCGUCUAGCACAGGAAUUGCAUGGAAAUAGCGCGUGGGCAUGCGCAGUUGCAUGAUCUGCCUUGCAUGGCUCUUGCCUACCAUGAAAAUGGCAUAAUGUAGAACUGCCUUUAUAAAUAUUACAUGUCACAAAAAUAAAAUUUACAUGAAUAAAUUCGUCAAAAUUAAAAUCGAAACUUACAAAAUUCGAAAUUACAAUCAUGUCAUAUAAUUACGUCAACUCUGAAUUUUGAUUAAUAACCGCGUAAAUUGCUAUAAAUAAAUCUAAAAUCAAAUGGGAAUGUACGUGAGUCAAAGAGAGAGAAAAGAUUUUGUGAAUCGCUAGUUCAUAAAUCUUUCUUCAGUUAUUAAGGCAGAGGCUACUCUUAUCUUAUAGAUAAUAAAGUAGGUAUAAUUCUCUCAGUGGUACAAAAGUAUAUAGUUCCUCUAAUCCGCUUAGAUCACGCUGGGUUAAGCUGUUUUCAAUAGCCACUAGACUAAUAGUAUUUAUGAAUGAGAGUUUUAUUGACUUUUAUGUUAUAUGUCAUUUAGAUAAACUUUAAUUACAAUUUACGCGGUUAUUAAUCAAAAUUCAGAGUUAGCGCAAUUAUAUGAAAUGAUUGUAAUUUGGAGAUCAACCUAUUCAUGUAAAUUUUGUCGCAUUUAAGUGACAUUAUAUUUUCCAUAAGAUGUGUGCCAUGUCAUUUAUUUUCUUGAUAUAUAAAUUAGGUGUGUAACAUAUCACUCCAAAAACUCUUAGACUAUAUUAUAAUGUGUGCCUCACUUUUCACCAGCUAAUCUAAAAAUAUUUUUAAUACGAGCCAUUGACAAAAUCUUGAUUAGAAAUUAAAUGAAAGGCUAUAAAUAAAAUUAAAUGUUUUGUAAAAUAAAUGAUGGUUUUGCUUGUUUUUGAUUCAGAGGGAUGCACAAUCGCCGGACAGCUGUUUCCACCGUUUCAGGCUUUUUCAACAGCGCUAGCGUGCACUCCUCUGAAUCGAACAACAGCUCAGUCAUCAAUUUAAGGGGAAUUUGAAAGAUCAUUCAAAUUCCCAUUGGGACGCGAUCCAGCGACAUCUCUUAACAAAUUGAAGAGUCUCAGAUGCAGAAUCCACCAUUAAAAUGGUAAAUAGUAAUUUAAAUCUGAGACUUUUCAUGUUGAAAGUUCAUUCUGGUACAUCCUUAAUCUGCGACUUUAACAAUUUAUAAGACCGCAGACGACGAAUAUAGAAAACAAAAAGGAUUCCUUGCAAUCACAUUCCGUUUUCGUUCGUCUCGGAAAAGGACAGAAGAGGAACUUUCUAGUACUCAGAUCUGAGUAAAGAUAGAAAAGUAAAUGAUGGUUUUGCUUGUUUUUGAUUCAGAGGGAUGCACAAUCGCCGGACAGCUGUUUCCACCGUUUCAGGCUUUUUCAACAGCGCUGUUGGAAUUUUCAGUUGGAAGUUGGGAUUUUCAGUUGAGAGACCUGACAACCAACAAUUUCCGACAAAGUAAUGCUAUUUAACUAUGUAUUUAACAUUGUUGAACAUGGUCUCGUCUAGAUAUAUCAAUCUUCUUCUGUUCUGCGCCUUUGCUAUCCAAUUGGACACAAUUCUUUUGAGGCCUCCAUCGCAUUGGGGGGGGACUUCGCUUGUCUGUCCGUGGUCUCCACUCAAACAAUUUUUUUUCACCUGUCAUCUUUCAUUCUUGCAACAUAUCCCGCCAAUCUUCAUUUUUUCUUGUAAUGCGUUCGAUAAUAUCUUCCAUUCCUGUUCAUAUAUGGACUUCCUCGUUUCUUAGUACAUCUCUUAAGCUUAUUCCAAGCAUUGAUCUCUCUAUUUUACGUUGUUUCCUUAAUUUUUCCGCUGAUGUUUUUGUGAGAGUUAAGCUUUAUAUUCCGUGUUUGAGGACUGGUAGAAAUCACUGGUUGAAAGCUUUCGUUUUAAAAUGGAUUAGGAUGAGAUUUUAUGUCUAUACAUAAUAUGUAUAUGGGUUAUAUGCGCUAGUCUGUGAAUGACUGCAUGGUUGUGUAUUAACCACCGUUAUACGAAAAGGAUGUUCUCUACCUCGUUUUUGUAGCAAGGUCUGUCUGAAGAGCUAAAAAUAGCGAAACACGCGUCACAGAAUGGCGAGUUAAACGAGGUGUGAAUAUUUCUUUAUCCCUUGAGAGUUUAUUAUUUUAAGCAAUUAGAAACAAAUUGUAGAUAGAAUAUAUGAAACAGAGGUUUUAAUACUUUUACCUGUAGAUUUCAACUUUGUAUUUAUUAGCCUUCGUCCUUCAUGUAGAUAAAUUAGACAAUUUUAUUACGUAGUAUAUUUAUGUCAGCCCCUACAUAUAGUUUUAUGCUUUUAAGAUUGUGCCAAGAAUGUCAUUUAGAAUAUCAUUUCAUUAAAAAUACUAACAUUCAUAUUUAUUAUCGUAAUGGCCUUUCAUGUAAGACUUUAUAUACAGGUUCUUUUAAUAAGUAGUUUAAAUCGUGUCAUGCUUUACGACAGAAUAUUUACCUUCGUUUUUCACAAGCAGUAAGGAAAAGAUACCUUAAUAUGUUUGUUUCUCUUACUUUGAUCUCAUAACCCUUGGAUGAAUGAUUGAUUGUCUAAUUGUUUGUCUCACAGUACAGUUUUUGGUAUAUAAUAUUAUAUAUUACAAGCUAUACGCUCCCGAGGAAGCUGAAGCUGUUUUCAGUUGAAGAUCCUUUUUGUGGGGGAUCAUCCCAUUCUGAGUUUGGUUUUACAGUUGCUGGUGUGACUUCGCUGUUUCCACUACCUUUCUCCAUUCUUCUAUCUCUUUGAUUUUCCUUCCUAUAUUUCUAAUUUCCAUACUUCUUAAGUCUUCUUCCACUUGUUGACUCCAUCUGAGUUUAGGCCUGCCUCUGGUUCUUGUACCUGGUGGUAUCCAUUCGGUUAUAACUCUUAACGGAUUGUUCUCUCUUCUCAUUAUGUGUCCAUACCAUCUAAUUCUCUAUGCUUUAUUGCUCUAACUAUGUUCUCUUGACCCAUCCAUUCUUGUAUUUCGUGGUUCAUCCAUUGUCUUGCCUCCUCUUCGUUUUUCCUCUUUGGACCCAGAAUUUUUCUCAUAAUUUUUCUCUCAAAAACUUUCAGCUGCUCUUCUUCUCUUGCAGUUAAUGUGAAUGUCUCCAAAGAAUAUAGCACUAUUGGUCUUAUGGUCGUUUUGUAGAUUUUCAUUUUUGUAUUUCGGCUUAUCUUCUUAUCUUUGAAAUUUUUUUUAUUUUUGUAGAAUGCUUUGUUUCCUGCUUGAAUUCUUCUUUUCAUAUAUACACUUUCAUUUCUUCUGUUGACUAUACUCCCAAAUAUUUGAACGUUUCAACAUCUUCGAAGCUGUGUGCGUCUAUUGUCAUUUCUGUCAGUUGUGUCUUCUUUUUCUUACUUACAUUCAUGUAUUUUGUUUUAUUUUCAUUUAUUUCCAGUCCUCUCAGUUUGGAUUCGUUUUCUAUUUCUUGGAAAGUUUUCUUUAAUGCUCUUUUAUUUGUUGCUACUAUGGUUAUAUCGUCCGCAUAUCCAAUUAUUUGUACUACAUUUUCGUUUAUAGUUCCUGCGUUUGACAACUUUUUUAUUAUCUUGUCUAAUGAUUGAAUACCGUUGAGAGCGCAUCUCCUUGUCUUACUCCAUUUUUAUUAUUUAUGUUCUCUCUCUUCCGGUGUCUAUUGUUGCUUGUGAGUCUCGCAUUGUUAUUUCUAUCAUUCUUAUAAUUUUAUUUGGUAUUUUGCUCUCUUGUAAGUCUUGGAUCAUUUUUCUUCUACUUAGUUUGUCAAAAACCUGUUUAAAGUCUAGCAAAAGUAUAUGUGCUUCUCCGUCGUACUCGUAUGUUUUCUCUAUCGCUUGUUUUAGUGUAUGGAUAGCAUCUAUCGUGGAUCUUCCUUUUCUGAAACCGUACUGGUAGUCUCCUAUACUUUGUUCUGUGUAUAUUGUUAGUCUGUCUCUAAUUUAUACCAGUCAUUACUUUAUAUGUUACAUUCAGUAAAUUAAUUGCUCGGUAGUUUUUACAUAUUCUGUGGUCUCCUUUUUUUUGGGAUUGUCACAAUAAUUCAUUUCUUCCAUUCUUCGGGCAUUGUUUCCUUAUUCCAUAUAUUCUGUAUUAGUUCAUAAAGCUUUCUGUAUAGUGCCUCACCCCCGUAUUUUAUAAGUUCUGCACAUAUUCCGUCGUCUCCCGCUGUUUUCCCGUUUUUUAGUUUGCAUAUUUUAUCUAUUACUUCUGCAUAGGUCAAUUCUUAUUCUUCACGUUGUUCCCGGUUCAUUAUUGUUUCUCUUUCUUCUUCUAUUUCUUGAUACAUUUCUUCGAAAUAUAAUUCGGUAUAUAAUAUUUAUGGUAUAUUAGGUAUAUGCAUAUUAAGUACUAUGGUUUGUCUCCACAUCUUGAUCUUUAUCCUCCUCUCUUUCACCCUUCUUUCGUAUUCCGUUGUAAUAUUUUCUUUGUUGUUUUUGUCUUCUACCCUCUGAACAUUUCUCGACUGUGCCAACCGUAGUACCAUAUACUUUUGUCAGUUUCCUUAACAAAAGUUAAGGUACUUUUAUAUUAAAUUUCAAUUAAUUUUAUGUGUGAACAAAAAGAGUAAUCAUAGCACCAUGUAGCACAUAUCUCGUAACCUUUGAAUUUCUACAUUAUAGGAAGAUAAUAUUGAUGAGUCGCAAUUGCCAAUGGAACUACUUAUAAAAAAAACUUACUUCAUACUAGUAAUAUGUGUAUUUAGUAUUAAAUCUAAAAUGCAUUUUCAUUAUAGGUAUUAUUGAAUACAUCAUUUUAACACUGUAUUAUAUUCACAGUCUCGUUUUGUUGAAGAAAAUUAUUAUUUAGUUGUACCUACAUAUUUACAAAAAUAUAUGCAAAAAUAUGUUUGAAAUAUAUUUAAAAAGAAGUGGUCUUAAAAAAUUACUACUACUUUUAAUGUAGGAAAGUAUGCAAAAUACGUUCAUUGUAUACAUUCAGUAAUGCUAAAUUUGCUAAAAAAAACUAAAUGUUGACGUUGCCAAUUAUUCCGUUACAAAUAGGUAUAGUUACGAACUGUCGCCGUUACGGUUUGACGUUGUUACCUAGUAUCCGUUACCAUUUGUGAGGUUACGGACUAUCGCGUUACGAGAUGUCACGAAACCAUUAGUUGUUUAGUGAUAUUCGUAUUCCCCUGUUAAAAAGAUAUAGCUAUGUCGUAUUACAAAAAACACAAUAAUUUCUCUCAAAAUCAAAAGCUUUCGACAAAUAAGUGAGAAUGUGAAUAUAUAACAACAAAAAAUAUGAAACAUUGUUUAAUUUUGUUGAUACGUUUUUAUUUGUAUAAUUUAUUAGGUUUAUUUUGUGCUAGAAUUGUUGAUUUUAUCUUAGUUAUGUAAAUAUUAAAGACAGCUUGCCAAAAAUGGGAAUAAAUCUGGAGUUUUUUUUAAAAUUGCAGAAAUAUUUGAACUUCAGAAAUAUGUAUGCAUGAAAAUAUUGAAACAUAAACAAAGAGUAUCUUUUAACUUUUAAAGUAUAAACGAUUUUUUUAAAAUUUUAUUAAUUAGUUAUGUAAGACCAUAGACAUAAUAAGAAUAGACAAGGCAUAUUCGGCAUACUGAACAAAAUAGUGUAAUGUGUGGGAAGUCGAUCGGUGGUCUAUCUAUCUCUUUUUACCGAGCGAUCCCGCGCAUGUGACAGAUAAAGAUGGCUAGUGAAUAUUGGUCAAUGACGUUCUUGAUAUUGGCGUUACACGUCUAUUCACAGAGCAGCCCAUGCCUUACCUAGUCUAUUCUUAUUAUGUCUAUGUGUAAGACACAAAGAACACCGAAGAAAAAAAUUGUGCCGUCACUUAGCUCUAUAGACUGUUCAGUCUACGUUAAUAUAAGUAUACGUCUAUGACAAAUGUAUGCCUCGGAAGCACAACGGUAUGUACAUGAUACUAUAAAUAACAUUAUUUAUAGUAUCUUUAUUUAUAGUAACUUUAUUUAUAGUAACUUUAUUUAUAGUAUCAUGGGUAUGUAGUUAAUUGUUUUACACAUAGACAUAUAUAUUAUCAUAGACUGAGCCUUCCCUUCCUCGCUUCCUGACGACAAGACCUCUUGAACAUGUUUGCGGUAUCUCUUUCUAGCACAUUGUAUCGAGAAACUAACAUGAAACUGAGUGGGGGUAUAGGUACGGAAAGGGAGGAGUACUGUCGCAGCUUUACUAUGCGUGAGAGUGAAAGAGCAAUAAGCCAAAAAAAAAAGAUGGUGUCGUCACUUCGCUCUGAAUGACAGUCUGUCUAUGAUAAUAUAUAUGUCUAAGUUUUUACAACGUAUUUCAACGUCAAAAGUUCAAAACGUCAUACGCCAAAAAUGUCACUUGUCAAUUUGGCACAAAUGAACAGAACUAACAACUAACGACAACACGUUCUGUUCCGAGGCAUAGACUAAUUUAACGCUUGCUUGAGUGCCUACAUAUUAUAUUGUUAUUAAAUAAAAAAUUAGUGUAUAUAUAAUAUUAUAGCUUAUAGAAAACUACCAGUAUAGUGGAGAUAGGUAGAUACUUCCUCAAUCGAUGUGUUGUGUCUCAGAAUCUCAAAACUUGUAAGUGAUUCAUUAGUAAAAAAUUAUACAGUGUUUCAUAUAUUUUAUAGAUCAACAUACUGCUUAGAUACAAAUAGUGCCUUGUACUUUCAACCGUUUGUAAUUUUAAUUUUGAUAUUUUAAGGGUCUUAAUGUACAUUUCAAUUUUAAACGUCAUUAGAAUUAUGUGACAUUAUAAUACUUAUCACCAUAUCAGAGUUUCUAAAGCGACCUACACACAUCCCGACUAAACCACCCAACUGUCGUGUCCGACAACGUUGCGCCCGACGGUUGGUGUGUGUGUGUGAGUGAGGCUUGUUGUACGACAAAAAAGGACCGACUUGGUUGUACAACCGUUCUUUUCCGACAGUCCGACAGACUAACUAUAUCGGAACGUGUGAAGGAACAAAGAUGGUCGAGGAGGUCAGUCGUGUCGGAUGGCACGGUCUGGACGUGUGUAGCUUUAUCUUUGACUUAAACUAGUGGCAAUAAAGUGAUGGAGAUAGAGAUAGAGAGAUAUAAUAUAUCACUUAUAUGGCGAUAUAAGUUAUUCUGACAACCUACAUCGCCAGCUAAGUACUAAAAAUAUGUUAUAUCUUAAAAUUUCCAAAAAAAGGGCCUAUUCCUAAAGAGAUUUGAACAAACACAUUAGUUGUAGAAAUAUUUUAUAUAACGUUUCCAAUCUAUAGAAUCUGUUAUUCUCGCUAGUUAGGCAAUACAAAUAUAUUUAUUAUGUAAUUGUAAUAGAGUGGAUAUUAAAUAUAUAUGAUUUCAAUUAAAUUGUACACUAAGACCUCUUUCAAGUAUUAAGCUGUGACAGCUGUUUUCAUUGUUAUUUUAAUGAGUUUUAUAAUAGGUCUCAAAUUCAAGUUUUUUUAUUACUGUGAUAUAUAUAAUAAAUAGUAAUUUGAGUAAUAAAAAAUAAUGACCUAUAA